UUCGGCAAACAGCAUUGGAGCCGGCCGCACAUUUAACGACUGCAUUUUUUUUUUAUGUUGACGACCAGGAAAUUACGACAUCAAUUUUCGUUUUCCAGAUAAAAUGAUUGAUUCCCGGUGGCUUCAUUACUCUCCUCUCGGUCUCAUUUAUAAUUAAUGAACUGACCGUAAUGCCUGUCCAUCGAUUUGCUCACUUUCUGAAUAGUGUCAAUGUGUGCUGGUGCCAACUACUCCCACUCCUCAGUUCGUCGUGGAUACGCGGUGCCUUUUUUCGUCUUGCUGCGAUAUCAUUACAAUGCCGGCUGCUAGGCGGGCUGAUUUCCAGCGACCACCUAGACUUAUCUCGACUCCCGCAUUCGGAUUCCAGAGUGAUCAUGGCGACGAACUGGAAAAUCGAAACAAGCGCAAUCACCAAGCUUCAAAAAUGUUCUUGGCUGUUACCUUUACUCUCUUGCUCUCGGAAAUGUUUUUUAUUACUCUCAUCUUUCGAUUACCGUUACAUAAACAUUUUUUCAUCGGCGGGUGGUGUCCGCGAGGCGUGACAUUUAUCCAGUGACUGUGUGACGGGUUACGCGUUCAGAGACAGCUUGCUUCAGCCUCCUCAGAGUCAACAACCGCGCCAUAUUGAGUUUCGUUGUUCGACGCUGGCCACGAUGGCGACGUCCUUCGCUGCA